UAGUGUUCCCUGCAUGCGCAUUGAAAGAGCCGUUGGUUCAUAGCAAAUUUCCCUCUAUUUACUUGUCGUCUUCGUUCCCUAAACCGCCAUUUUUAUUACUUAAAGGGAACUUACAGACUCAAGAAAAAGACGGGCUGUUGCAGGGAUUUUCGGCUACUGUGUAGCUUUUGUUGGUCGCUUUUGCUUUCGACUGAAAGGAAGCUACUACAUCUCGAAUUGAGCAACAAGAAGGGACUAAAAUGUGAGCGCUGAUCUCGGCCGUAGUUGGUCGUGGCGAGUUGUUCAUGGAAAUGGACGGGGCUUUCUCCAUUCAACUUCGGUUCAAGUUGGCUGGAGAGUUCAAAAUCUAUAUAUACAUCAUCUAGUCCAUAGCCUUAAGGACGUUUCAUUUGUAUUUGAUUUUCUACAAAUUGUGAAGCGAAAAGUUGGCCAUGGAAUUUGUUCACUUAUUCGCACUUCACGCACCCUGUGUAACGAUACCGCCAACUUAGGCAAAAACUCUUGACUAUUGUAAACUAAUUUCAAAUGGAGACGCGAGAUGAAAAAGAUAUCUCCCUGAAGGAGGGAGCUAAAGCCAAAAAGCAAGUUAAAUUUUUCGAAGAGAUAGUGGAAGAACCGGGGAAUAUCACUAGCAAUGCUCCCACGGAUACAACCAACGGCCAUCUCUCCGGUGGUAAAGGAGUCCGUCGAGAGAAAAACACUGAGCUAGACGAUCAAGCAGACUCAGAACAAGCUGUUAGUAACAGCCCUAAUGGUCGCUUUCUUAAAUUUGACAUUGAGCUUGGCCGUGGAUCGUUCAAAAGUGUCUAUCAAGGACUUGAUACAGAGACCGGGGUUGCCGUAGCAUGGUGCGAACUCCAGGAUAAAUACUCCAGGUCUGAAAGGGCUAGGUUCCGAGAAGAAGCCGAAAUGCUAAAACAACUUCAGCACCCAAACAUCGUAAAGUUUCACGAUUUUUGGGAGAGCAGACAGACGAGAACUGAUAAAAAAAGAGUCAUGCUAGUCACAGAACUCAUGACUUCAGGGACUUUAAAAACAUAUCUGAAGAGAUUCAAGGGAGUCAAGGAAAAGAUCUUGAAAAGUUGGUGUAGACAGAUUCUGAAAGGGCUGCACUUCUUGCACACAAGAACGCCACCAAUUAUCCACAGAGAUCUUAAGUGCGACAACAUAUUUAUUAAUGGCACAACUGGCUUGGUUAAGAUUGGCGACCUCGGGCUUGCAACUUUAAAGAAGUCAUCUUUUGCAAAGAGUGUUAUUGGCACACCAGAAUUCAUGGCUCCUGAAAUGUAUGAAGAGCAUUAUGAUGAGUCUGUUGACACCUAUGCGUUCGGGAUGUGCAUGUUAGAAAUGGUGACUUUGGAGUAUCCAUACAUGGAGUGCCAAAAUCCUGCCCAGAUCUACCGUCGAGUCACCAGUGGUAUUAAGCCUGAGUGUCUGGAGAAAGUUUCUUCCAAGGAAAUCAGAGAAAUAAUUGAGGGUUGCACUCAUCCAAGGAAGGAGUUAAGAUACAAAAUUAUUGACCUGCUGAACCAUCCAUUCUUUCAAGAAGAUAGUGGAGUAAAAGUAGAGGUGAAAGGCACUGAUGACCAAACCCAAGAACUUGUCAAGCUGCAGCUCUACCUAGAGGACCCCAAAAAGCGGAAAGAGAAACACAAGGCCAAUGAGGCUAUAGAGUUUGACUUCCACCUUGACAAUGACCAGCCGGCUAAAGUGUCAGCAGACAUGGUAAAGCAAGGGUUUAUUCGUGAAGAGGAUGAGAAGGCUGUCACUAAGUGCAUUCGGGAUAGAAUAGCUCUUGUAAAGAGACUACGUGAGAUGAACAUGGCUAUGGGUUGCUCAGAGAAUGAUCCACCAGGCACCCAAGACACUUCAAAGAAAGAACAGCCAGCUGAUAAAUAUGAUGACGCAGAUUACGAGGACGCAGAAUUCAAGGAAGCACCUUCUGAAUUGGGAUGCCAGAACAGUGGUGAGAAUCUUCAGGCACACACAAGACUGCAUGAUCCAUACCUUAUCCAGCGACUUGAUUCCAUCACCCCAACUUGUGGAAACAGUCCGAACAGUACUAUCGAUGAGCGAGUGUUAGAGGAGCAGGCGGAAAAGGAACAAGAGCCAACAGCAGAGCCACCGGGUUCCGAGGUUUCAUCUGAGCUCUCCUCUGGAUUUCCAUCAUCUUCCUCCAUAUCAUCAGUCUCCUCGGCUACUUCUGUCCAAGGAGAUGGACCACCAGCUUCUGGGGCUCAAGCUACCACACAGGGCCAGGCCGCUGACAAAAAAGACAAAGGCAAAGAGCGGAAGAAGGAACGAAUGCCAAGGGUGCAGCUUAAAAAGAUUGAGAACAAGCCAGAGUCAACAGUUGUUGAAUGCACCUUUGACACUUACAAAAGCAACCGAAUUACCUUUCGCUUUGAUGUGAACAUUGAUGAUCCAAAGGACAUUGCAGAAAGCAUGAUUGAAGCUACGCAUUUACAAGAAAAGAAUAAGCAGUUAUUUCAAGCUCAGCUUUAUAGGAUUAUCAACGAGACAGACAAGAUCCUCAGGCAUACUGUUAACAAGAGUGCACAAGAGUUGAUCAUCGAUAAAGCAAUGCUUGAAUCCCACUACUCUGAUCUCAAUUCUUCUGCCGCUCCAAGCGGCGGAAUCCCGGUUCGGGCACCCUUCGGAAGCCCACCCAAGCAAGAGGCCAAGUUCUUUAUUGGGAUGCCUCCUACUGGAGACGACAAAUCAUCAUCAGCAACAACCUCUCCUGAGGGGGUCAAGGAGAUACUUGUGACAAUGAAAUAUUUUGAACCUGCUGGAGAGAAAAAGGACAUGACUGUGACCCUGGCAGGUGCAGCGGCUAAUCAACAAGUGGAGCCCAGGCCUAAUGAGGUGCAGGUUACUAUUCAGCCGCGGGAGCCUGAGGGAGAGCUUCAAAAGCAGCAAGUGUAUGUGCUGAACCAGAUCCCCCCACAAGAUCUCCCUAAACCUGAAGUCAAGAAGAGUGAGGCUUCCAAGCCUUCCAGUGAACCCAGUGCUGUAGAGGCCCCAGCACCACUUACAAAUGCACAGGCUUCGUCUGCAUUUGUGCAAGGAACCUCUGAUGCCAUAUCUCCUACACAAGCAACAGGCAAGGCUGAAUCUGAAGUACCAACUCGCUCUAUAUCUGUCCCUCUUACUGGGACAGAAGCUGUUGUACCUUUAUCAGAUACUAAAUCUUCAGGUACCUCAACCCUUGCAGCAUCUUCUGGGGCUUCGACAGUAGCUGUGCCAUCUACUGGUGCAGUUGUACUGCCAGGGGUAGCAGCUACAUCACCGUCUGAAGCUGCAUUGGUAGCACCACCAUCUACUUCAGAUGUAUCACCAACAUCAGGGGCUGCUACACCCCUUUCAGAGACUGAGCCCAUAACACUGGUUUCAGAUGUUUCAGCUGUGAUACCACCAUCUGGGACAACUGCAGAAACACCAUUUUCUGUGGAUGCAACUGUGAAACCAACGUCUGAACAACAGACCUUACCUGCAUCAACACUUACAAGCACUGUACCAGCUCAAACUGAGACUACAACAAGAACUACAACAGGAGCAGCAACGGGAGCAAGUGCUGGGUCCGAAUCAGCAAGACCUGCAACAGGGGCAACAUCGCAACAGCGGUCCACUGCUUCGCUAGACCAGGAGAAAAAUCAACCAGUGUCAACACUGGUCAAAUGUGAAUUAGAUAAACCAUUGACUUUGAACUUAGUGUUGGAGAAGGAUAAGAUACCAGCUCCAUCCGACACGCCCACGGAAGGUUUCAGCCCUACUACCUCGCCAUCAUUAUCAAGAAAGCGAUUCAUGGUCCAGAAAGUCGAUGAGUCCACUUUGCAAGGUGAGGUGACACGUGCUACUUCGCCUGACUCUGACAAACUACCUAUGUCUCCUAAAAAGGAAGGCCUACAGAGCUGUGAAGCUUCAGCUCAGACCCCACCAACUGUUGAGCCAGCUGCUGCAGCUCCAAGGACAUCGGCACAAACACAUACCAGCUUAGAACUAACCACAGUUUCUGCUGUUGGGGAUCUUCCUCGGGUAUCUAGUCAAGUAAAUGACAAGGGGGAAAGGAAUGUUAUCACGAACGCUUCUAGUGAAAUAAAAUCAGAACCUGACGUCAAAACUGAUGAGCAAUGUGUGUUGGGACGAUUUAUAGUCAUGUCAGUGUCGAGUGAGAAACCUGCAGGGUCAACCGCACCUUCUGAUCUCAGUCGUAGUCAGACUUGUCAGCAAAAUGUACCAGCUGUGGGAACAUCCCUUGUUACAGUUCCAUCUACUGUGCAGCGGCCUGCUGUCAUAAACACUACAGACACGGUGGCAGAUGGCCAGACAAUUGAACCUGUUGUAUUGGCCAAACCAGUGGAUGUGGUAGAGGCGCCCCUAUCAGGAAGUAGCCAGUCCAGUUUGCAGGCCCAGACCGGUGGCCCUACCAAAGCACCUCCUUUACAGCCUGCUGUACCCAUUGAAACUAAUGCUGGACCCAUUGAAAUGACUGAUAUCACCAGGUGCAAGUUUAUAUCAACACCUUCCAUUUCUCCCAGCUCUUCCAUGGAGAGCCUGAAUUCAUUUGCAAUCCAGGCGGGCAGUAGUACCGCACAAGGCAGCCCCCAGCAUGUGGCUACAACCAGUUUGGACAUGGUCCCGAAUGCGGCCCAGCUCCAACUGAGCAAGGAUAGUAGGAAGACUAGCUUGCAGAGUGACUCGUCGACUGAAGGCAUGGCUGUUAGCAGGUCACUAAGUCUCGCUGAUCAGGGCACCAGGAGUGGUGCAGAAAGUGACGGGGGCUCCACCCAUUCGGUGACAGAUCAGUACCCGAAGAAGAGCAGAAAUCGUUCAGCGCCGUCACAAAUCUCUGUGGUGAUCGCUAACAUUGCAUCUUUUGAAAUGACUGCCGAGGAAGAUGAGGAUUUCAAGAAAAUGCGCCUAAGGCAUCAUAAGGAGCGGGAAGAGCUUGAACAACGACAGGAAAAAGAGCUCGUCGUAUUCAGGACCAGGAUCGAGGCGAGGAAUCCAAAGUUCCGUCCUGCUCGUCAGAAGCAAGCGCGCAAGUCUGUCCCCGCGAUCCACCAGGGUAUCGUUCCCCGUCAGAAGAGCGCCGACGAACUGGUGGACCACUCCAAACAUAAUGGUUACGCAAGCGAGCAUGCGCCGAGUGGCCAACAGCCGCAGCCCAAAAGGACUUUCUCUAACACUGACAAGGAAAUCGAGCAGUUAGUACAAUUCGAGAGUAACGCUAAGAAGGCGCUAGCGAACGCUACACCUGGUAUGCAACCAAAAUUAGACCCAAAACUGAGCUUAAAUCAAAUCAAAGAGAGUCAAAGUAAGCGGGACAUGGUCCCUCGGGACGGGAUCUCCCCGACGCUUCAAAAACGACCCACCCCUCCCCCGCAAACAGCCCCUCAGGGUAGCAAUUAUACUGCAACUUAUAACAGCGUCAAGCAGACCUCCAGUGCGGCUGUUACAAGUACUGGUGCGUACAUGAACACCACCGGCUGGACGGGAGGAGCAGGGGGAGUGGCUGCCGCUGCUGGAGGUGGGGGCAGUUAUCCCCCGGAGCAUGCUGGGACCGCAUGGGGAGCCCCACCCGACCCCAGCAGCGGCUGGAUCGUCGGAGACGCGCAAUGGCGCAAUGCUCACCCUGGACAAUUCGUACCUAUCAUAUCACAGCCGUUCACUGGGGCCGGUAUAACCACCUCGCAGUUUGUGCCAAGCAUGACGCAAGCGGCGACCCAAAAGCAGCCUGUCACGCAACAGCAGCUGCCGCACCGGUGAUCACGCAAUCAUGGCGUGACGUAGUUAGAAUUGUCUCUUGCUCGCGGGAAUGGUCCCGCGUGUAGCAAAUCAACGCGCUGUAGUAGACUUGUAGGGGGGGGGGGGGGGGGGGGGAGGAGGAAGGGGCGUCGGCUUAGUCGGCAUAGUCAAAUAAAAGUAGGCUUCUAACAAUAGGAUAGGCUUUACGGUUCGAUGGCGACUACUUUGAAUGUCUGGUGACUUCGUGUGUUGUCAGUGUCUCAGUGUACACUCUUCAAAUCUACUACGCUAUUAUUUCACGCAAGAUUCGGCUUAAUUAUCCAGCAUAUUUGUAUUAUAUAUUUCUUGAAACGGAAAAAAAUAUGUAAUAGGAAUGAAAUAUAAAUAUGUUGGUUCGCUACGGUAGGCUGGCGAAUUCUGAUUGAAGCGAGACUUGUGAAGGUUUAUAUAGUAAUAAUUUUAGACGACUUUAUACUUUCAAUUUCGAGUACAUAUUCAUUAUUAUAUGUUGAUGCUUUAGUCGACUAGCCCCACAUGAUGAUACAAAGUUAUUUUGUACUUAAUAAAUCAUUGACCAGAGAUGCUUGGUCUAUUUUUUAUCAAAAAAACAAAAA